AUGUCUGACUAUACACGUUUGCAAUCUCCUACAGACUCUGUACAUCAUGGCAGUGCUGGCUUAUUUUCCUCUGUAGUCAAUUUGGCCAACACCAUAUUAGGCGCUGGCAUUUUGUCUAUGCCUCAUGCUUUUACAAAAACUAGCUUGCUUUUUGGUUGCCUUACUAUUUUCUUCAGCGCAUUUGUUUCGUUUUUAGGUUUGUACUUUGUGUCAUUAUGUGCCGACCGUCUUCCUCGUGGAAAGGCUUCGUUUGCUGCCGUUGCUAAGCAUACAUUCCCUUCCUUAGCAGUUGUUUUUGAUUCCGCUAUUGCUAUCAAAUGUUUUGGUGUUUCUAUCAGCUAUCUCGUUAUUGUAGGAGAUUUGAUGCCGCAAAUUGCUCCUUCACUUGGCUUUACUGCUUCAAUUUUUGAAGAUCGUGAAACAUGGAUUGUUAUUUCUAUUAUAAUUUUGACUCCACUGGCUUUUUUACGCCGUUUAGAUUCUCUUCGUCAUACAUCUAUAAUAAGUUUAAUCUCUCUUAGCUACUUGGUCGUUAUUGUCAUUUAUCACUUUUUUAAAGGAGAUAUGGAACGCGGAGAGAUUCGUUACUUUCGUCCCGAGUCUCUUUCUGGAUAUCUUUCUGUUCUUCCGGUGUUCGUGUUUGGAUUCACUUGCCAUCAGAACGCUUUCAGCGUUAUUAAUGAAGUUAAAACCCCUUCGCACGGAUUAAUUAAUUUCACUUUAUUUAGUGCAGUCUUUUCUUCGAUGAUUUUGUAUCUCAUCGUUGCAAUCGCUGGUUACCUCUCCUUUGGUUCUUUAACCUCGGGCAAUAUAAUUGCUAUGUAUGAUGACGGAAGUUUUUUGAUUACCUUUGGAAAACUUGCUAUCGUAAUAUUGGUACUGUUUAGUUAUCCCCUACAAUGCCAUCCAUGUCGAAACUCUUUGUAUCAAGCUAUUCGUCGUUCUUAUUCUGCUCACGAUAUGUCUAAUGGUUACCAUACAGGACUGACAAUAUGCAUUCUUAUAACUUCCCUAUUAAUUGCCCUUUCAUUAUCCUCCCUUGAAUUGGUUCUUGCUUUUGUUGGUAGUACGGGUAGUACUUUCAUUUCUUUCGUUCUUCCAGGUCUACUAUAUUAUUUCUUUUCGCACAAUGCUGUUUCUCCUAAUAUUGCUUCAGAAAAAGAAUUAAAGAUUACUCGAUUUAUCGCUGCUUGCCUCGCAAUAUACGGAGUAUCUGUAAUGAUCUUGUGCUUGAAUAUAAACUUGGCGAAGCUCAAGUAG